UGCUUUUUCAUUGUUUUUAUUUUAUUUUAUUAUCUGCUUCCUUGUCCUGUUCUUGGAACGCGUGUUAUUUGUUUUUACUUUUCCCUCCGUUCAAACACAAUUCCUCUUCAGUAAUGUUCGGUAGUGGUGCCUUUGGCAGCGGAACUGGCUUCGGUCAGCAGCAACAACAACAACAACCCGCUUCUGUCUUUGGACAACAACAACCGCAGCAGCAAUCAGCUUUUGGUGGUUUCGGCUCGACUUCCACUCCCAGUGCAUUUGGUGCGAGCACUACUACUACCGCCUUUGGUCAGCCUGCUCAACCAUCGGUGUUUGGCUCGAACACUGCUACUACUGGAUUCGGUGCCAAUACGACGUCUGCUUUUGGUCAAGCUAGACCAUCGGCUUUUGGAUCGACAACACCGGCAUUCGGAGCAGCAGCUCAACCUGCUCCGACAGGUUUCGGUGGCGGUGCUUUCGGUGGUGGUUCUUCAUUCGGUUCGACCACAGCCCAAGCUGGUAGCGGUUUGUUCGGAAGCCGUCCAGCUACUCAAAGUGCGUUUGGCGCAACGGCCACCCCUGCUCCCUCUGCUUUCGGUGCCCAACCUCAACAGCAGCCAUCCGCAUUCGGUGGCAUGGGAGCAACGACAUCGGCUUUCGGCCAAACUUCUGGCACGAAUCAGGGCACAGCAGUGGCCGACUUUACUCCUACGCAAGAGCGUGACUUGACCACAGGUGUCAACAAUUUUUUCCAGACUAUCACCGCCAUGCCGCAGUAUAAAAAUUUCUCAUUGGAAGAGCUUCGAUUGCAAGAUUACAUGCAAAACCGAAAAACCGGAAAUGCUGCACCCGGUGGAUUUGGUGCUGCUGCACCUGGUGGAUUUGGCGCUCCCGCUAGCAAUACUUCGCUUUUCGGACAACCUGCUGCCUCCAGUGCGUUUGGACAGCAAACCACGAGCGCUUUCGGACAACCUCAACAACAAGCCGGCGCAUUCGGUAGCACCGGCACAGGUCUCUUUGGCCAACAACAACCUUCCACAACCCCAGCCUUUGGAGCACCCGCCACAGGAGCUACGGGAGGUUUUGGGAACACCGGUUUCGGUGCCUCCAAUGCCACACCUGCUUUCGGCGCCACAUCCGCUGCGCCUGCAUUUGGAGCAGCCGGAGGAUUCGGUGCUACUGCAGCCAAACCUUUCUCAUUCGGUGCAAGCAACUCUACGCCCAGUCAACCUGCUACUGGCGGUUUCGGUGCUACAACAUCUACACCUGGUUUUGGACAGGCCGCAGGCAACACUGGCUUUGGAGGCUUCGGUCAAAAGCCCGCAGGCCAAACUACCACAGGUUUUGGUGGUACUGGUGGAUUUGGUGGAUUCGGUGCGACGGCUGCCAGCAAGCCCACAUUUUCUUUCGGUGCCACUUCUGCUGGCCCUACUUCGGGAGCCGGCACGACUGGCUUUGGCGGAUUCGGUACUAAUACCACCGGUGCAGUGGGCGGAUUCGGGGCUCAAACAUCGCAACCUGGCGGUCUUUUCGGUGCAAACAAGCCAGCAGCACCUACCACCUCAUUGUUCGGCAACACGCAACAGCAAACGACGACGCCUUCCUUUGGAUUCGGUGGCACCCAGCAGAACACUGGAUUUGGCGCCACAACAGGCGGAUUAUUCGGCCAGAAACCCGCUACCAAUACGACCUCUACUGGCGGUUUGUUCGGCAAUACCCAAUUAGGCGGUAAUACAUCGUUUGGUGGAUUCGGUCAACAGCAAACAGGUGGCGGUUCGUUUAAUUUACCUGCUCAAGGUGGCUUGACUUCAUUUGGCACCGCUGGCCUUCAACCUGGCCAAGCACAGCAACCACUCGUUGCCACUGUCGAUAAGAGCCCUUACGGCAGCAAUCCUUUGUUCAAUACGACGCAGCCUACUCAACAGGGUACCGGCAACCAAACAGCGACCCCUUCGGCCGUCGCUGUCGAAACCCCCAAGAAACCCGCCGUCCCUCAUUAUCCCAUCAGUCCUCGCGUGGUCUCCAAGAUCAAAUUACGCGGAUUCACCUUUGGCCCUACCACGAAACCUGCCGCUAAAAAGAUGACUGCCUUGGACGGUGUGAGCGACGACGCGGUCCUCGGAUCCGGUGCAUUCUCGCCUCGACCUAGCAAUAAACGAUUGGUGUUCAACGACAACGUCGAUGAAUCGAACGUCGCAGCUCUCGUGAACCAAAAGAGCGAAAAACCGAAAAUCCUGUUUAACCCCAAGCUUGAAUUGAUCGCUUCACAACAAGAAUCAAGCGGAUCCGAUGUACAUUCCUCGACUGAACAAGGCGAGGCCUCGGCUACCACCAAGCCAUCCAUUAGCUCGAUCACCGCCGCAGCUUCCAAAAAUGGCUAUUCGUGUUCUCCCACCUUGGAAGCCUUGUCCAUGAUGAGCCAUGAAGAAUUGAAGCAUGUGGAAAACUUUACCGUGAAGCGUCGUGGUUAUGGUGAAGUGAGCUUCGACGUCCCCGUCGAUUUGUCUGACAUUCCUUUGCAAGAUAUUAUGGGUACGAUCGUUAUUAUCGAAACAAAGACCGUGGUUGUGUAUCCCAACGAAAGUACCAAGCCUGCUUUGGGUCACGGUCUCAAUGCUCCUGCGACUGUCAAACUGGAAAAUUGCUACACCACUGACAAAGACACCAAGCAACCUAUUCGUGAUCCUGAACAUGCGCGCUUCAAAUUAUUCCUCAACAAAUUGCGUAAACGACAAGGCGUGGAAUUCCUCGACUACGAUAUGCAGACAGGCACAUGGACAUUCAAAGUAAAACACUUUUAAAAAAAAAAUCAAGAAACAAAAAAAAGCCCCAAACAAAGCAUACGAAAAAAUAUUUCGACUCUAGUAUAGUUAGCUAUGGUAGCAUCAAUAUGAAAGAAUUCAUGGUAAAUAAAAGAAUUUAGCAACAC